AUGGACGACUGGCGGGCCUGCAAAGACUGGGUUUCCGGCGACGGAAAGCCCGAUCUCGGCUUCUUCGCCGCUCAUUUCGGUGGGUCCAGAGUUCAGGUUGCGGAUUGUGAUGCGAGGGAAUUUACGGAUCAAAAGAGAUUGGAAAUGUCGGUAUCUGAAUUCAUUGACAGCUGGGUAGCGAUUUCGGGGUCUGAUAAUGGAGGAGGUGAUGGGAAGACGCUGUAUUUGAAGGAUUGGCACUUUGUUAAGGAGUACCCAGAUUAUAUUGCAUACACCACGCCGAUUUUUUUCCUCGAUGAUUGGUUAAAUCUGUAUCUUGAUAAGUAUGCCAUGCAUGAUGAUCCAGAUAGUUACCAAGAGACGGAUGAAAUUAGUUGCUCUGAUUAUCGUUUUGUGUACAUGGGAUCAAAAGGUACGUGGACUCCUCUUCAUGCUGAUGUUUUCAGGUCGUAUAGUUGGUCAGCCAAUGUGUGUGGCAGGAAAAAGUGGUACUUUUUGUCUCCAAGUCAACACCACCUCGUAUUUGAUAGUAACGAAACAUUUGCCUUCAUCCAGGCUGUCUGGUUGGAAUGUACUCAGGAGAAAAACGAAAUCAUUUUUGUCCCCAGUGGGUGGUACCACCAAGUUCAUAAUACAGAGGACACAAUCUCGAUAAAUCACAACUGGUUCAAUGCCUACAACAUUUCUUGGGUGUGGGAUUUGAUUUUAAGAGAUUAUCACGAGGCUAAGGGAUAUAUUGAGGACAUAAAGGACAUAUGUGACAAUUUCGAGGGGCUCUGCCAGAGGAAUCUAGCUGCUAAUUCAGGAAUUGAUUUUCGGGAUUUUCUCAUCCUCUUGAUUCGGUUUGCCCUAGCCAACUUUCUCUUAUUUUAUCAUCUGUCGACUAACGAGAAAAAUGUGGCGUGGGGUUCAUCUCCAAUGGCCCAGCUGUUACUUAUCAACCUUAAAAAUAUCAAGCUCGUCACCUUGAGGAUGAAAUCUGAACCUGCAUGGCAAAAUCGCUGUAUUGUUACUAUAAAUCUAGACGAAACCCUCAAGGACCAGUCAUUUAUCGAGUUCUGUAAUGAUUUGGCUGUGACUUAUAGCAAGACAUGUAACCAUAGUGAAGUAAAUUUCAGUCCGAGUCGAUUCUUUUUGGGUCACGAGCAACUCAAUCUUCUGAACCUUUUUCGUGCUCAAAUUUGUAAUCCUGACGAGCUGGUUUCCUUUUUGGACCAAGCUCUCGAACUAGUGGGGAUUGAAGCCUAA